GGUGGCGCGCCUCGUGAACUCGUCCUCUAUUCACAUCGCAGCUCCAGCACAUCCAAAGCUGUACACGACCUCGCGUAAUUUGGGCCAAACACCAACAACAACGUUUAUUUCGUAAAUUUCGUAUUAAAAACUCUCCUUGAUUGAUAACAACACUUUUUCUCAAUUAAUUUGGUUUCAAGAAUAAUUACACGGAUACCAGAAAGUUCCUCUCCAAAGCAUUAUGAUGAUACACUGUAUUCUUCUCGUGAGUGCUCUAGUUAGCACACAAGCAUCAAUGUAUAGUAUAACAGAUUUAAAGCCGGAUCAUUUAUUCGUGAACAAUAUGCUGUUGCGCGACCUCAUAGAGCGCAUGGGCAACGAACUUGCGGAAGCUGCCGUAGAUUCAUACGUCGACAGCCAGGAGUCGUCUUCAGGAGUGCGUGGAUUUUCCGACAAGGAAAUUCCCCUCGAAAUACCCCUUGACUACGAGGGAAUCGACGCUAUCAAUCCCAAGACAAAUAUACGCGACCAGGAAUACUUGCAGCAUAGCAGCCUUUGGAGUCACCAACAGCUCAAUAACUACAAGAACAACAAUCGAUAUAAAGUUAAACCUGGUGCAGCGGUCAAGCUCGUAGCGUCCAGCAAAAGCGAGAAGACGGAAAAUCAACUACCGGCUUACUGCACACCACCGAAUCCCUGCCCUGUAGAAUAUAACGGUGAAAAUAAUUGCCUCGUAAAUUUCAAGAAUACCGCAGCCUUUAGCCGUGAUUAUCAAAGUGCCCAAGACUGCAUGUGCGACUCUGAACACAUGUUGAAUUGUCCAAGUGGAUCCGAUGUUGACAAUAAUGUACCUGGAGUAUCAAUCUCAAGUGCCGACUUCGAUCAGAUUGUGGAACGAUUUCAGGACAAUCCAUACUUCCGUGGUGAAAAACUUCCAAUUGCUGCAAAAAAAGGAAUCAAUGUUGGCUACUAACUUCCAGCAUACAAAUUUACGAGUGUCAUCAAAACUUUAAUACAUUAUAAAAAGAAAAAUAUAUGUGUGUGUAUGUUUUCGUGCGAGAGCGCUUGAGUGC